UGCGAUGGAGCUGCACAUCCUAGAGCACCGGGUGCGGGUGCUGAGCCUCGCCCGCCCCGGUCUCUGGCUCUACACCCACCCGCUCAUCAAGCUUCUCUUCCUGCCCCGCCGCAGCCGGUGCAAGUUCUUCAGCCUGACGGAGACCCCUGAGGAUUACACGCUCAUGGUGGACGAAGAGGGCUUUAAAGAGCUACCCCCAUCUGAGUUCCUUCAAGUGGCUGAGGCCACAUGGCUGGUGCUGAAUGUGUCAUCUCACAGUGGUGCAGCAGUCCAGGCUGCUGGGGUCACCAAGAUUGCCCGCUCGGUCAUCACACCUCUGGCUGAGCACCACGUGUCAGUGUUGAUGCUAUCCACUUACCAGACGGACUUCAUCCUGGUGCGGGAGCAAGACCUAUCGGUGGUGAUCCACACACUGUCCCAGGAAUUCCAUAUUUACCGCGAGGUGGGCGGGGAGCCUGUUCCUGUGGCCAGGGACAGUUCCAGCAACGGCUUUCCCAGAGCCCACCAUGGACCCAGCCCCACAGUGCAUCCCAUCCAGAGCCCGCAGAACCGCUUCUGUGUCCUCACCCUGGACCCUGAGACGCUGCCAGCCAUCGCUACCACCCUCAUAGAUGUCCUUUUCUACUCACACAGCACCCCCAAGGAGGCAGUCUGUGGCAGUCCUGAACCCAGCUCCAUCCCAUUCUUUGCCUUCUCUCUCAUUGAGGGCUAUAUUUCCAUUGUCAUGGAUGCUGAGACGCAGAAAAAGUUCCCCAGUGACUUACUGCUGACCAGCUCCUCAGGGGAGCUGUGGAGGAUGGUGCGCAUCGGUGGACAGCCCCUGGGCUUCGAUGAAUGUGGGAUCGUGGCCCAGAUUGCAGGCCCCCUGGCCGCUGCUGACAUCUCUGCCUACUACAUCAGCACCUUCAACUUUGACCACGCGCUGGUACCUGAGGAUGGUAUCGGCAGCGUCAUUGAAGUCCUCCAGCGACGGCAGGAGAGCCUGGCCUCGUAAGGCCAGUGAGAAACAGAGCCACCUUUUUGCUCUCUCCUUGUCUCCAGGCUUCCAGAGACUUUUUUUUUAGAGACAGGGCC